AAUGGCGGCUCCUGAGAAACACAACAGCGCGUUCAUCAUGGAGUUUAUCAAAUGAUCCUCAGCGAUGUCUGGCGCACACCCACCUGAUAUUACAACCCUUGAAACAUGGAUCACAGAUGACAAGGAUGACUUUUAGAGACACCUGGCUAUCUUUCAUCACUAUAAAAUGUCGAGUAAUCUGAAGCAACACAUUACCUCUAUGGUGAAAGAACUCAUUCCACUCGGUAUUCCACGGCGCCAAAGUUCAGAUGGCACAUCCCGUCCUGCAUCGGUUAGACCUUGCCUUGAACCCCCUGAGAAGACCCCCAAAGUCUCAAGCGCACAGCCUAAACCCGAACUGCCAGUCAAAAACCCUGAGCUGGGUCGGAGGGAGUCUAAAAUCUUCAACAAGAGCGCUAAGACAGAACUGGACAGAUUGUCAAAUUGCAGUGUUGUUAUGAGAAAGCUACAAGCAAACAGUGGAAACAUUUACCCGUGUAAAGAUGGGUCUCUCAGUCCUAUGACUAAAAAGGACCUCCAGAGGACCAGUUCUUACAAAAGAGACCGAGAUAUAUCUCUGGCUCUCAGUAAAGAGCUGAAUGAAAACCUGAGGCUCAACAAAUGUAUAUUACCUCCCAUUGAUGUUAAGUCUAGAAGACAUACUCUUCCUCAGCCAUCUCACUCAAGGCCAAAUAGUUCAUGCUUAGUCCAGGAGAGACCCAGAAGCUCAUUUAGCACAGCACUGCGAAUCCACCAUCGUCCUGAUCAGAGAAAAGAUAGAAUGGAGCGUAGGGACCACAAAACCUCCAUUUAUAGCAACAUGUCCAAUCAGAAGGAAUCAAGCCCACCUCGUGGGAAGCCUUCUCGAGAGGGCAGAGAGUCCCUUUCUGCAAAAAGAAAACGAGAGUCUAGUACAGGCAGUGAAAAGGAUCACAAACGUCCAUGCGUAGAUGCCCGGCUCACCCCCAGCUUAACCCCCGAUAUAUACUCACCGCCAAAGUUUGUCAAACGGGCUUUUUUGAACUCUGUCAACGAGCCUGUGCUAACCAUAAAAGAUAAACUGACCCCUAAACCACUUUCACAAACAUCAGACCCCAACAAACCAAGACGUUUGCCAUCCAUCUCCAGGCAGCUUUUUAAACGAGAGACCGGCAGUAAGUCAAACACAGAGAGUGACAAAACACAUUUAUUCCAGCCCACUAAACAGCCUAAAGACUCUAUAGUGGCACACGCCAACAAAAAUCCCAAAACUCCACCCAGCCAACCACAUCUGCGCAAAAUCUCCCCCAAGUCAAGCACCACGUUUGACAGCAUUGAGGGCCUCUUUACACCGGACCCCUGCCUGCCAGCACCCAAAACACACAGCAAAAACACAAACGGAGAGCGAGAAGGCAAUGCUGCUCCCACACACACAAGCUCCUUGCCCAGCCUUAAGGAGAGCGUUAAAAUCAGCUCGUCCUCCCAUCGGCCCGAUCUGAGAACACCCAGCUUUGCAGGGCAUGCUGGUUCAUGUAAGAUGGAAUCGGAUGAAAGAACGCUGCUGAAAGUGGAGCAGUCACGCAGCCCCAAGGCUAACAUGCCUGUCCCAGCUGCGAGUGUGAAAGCAGAAGGAUCAAGUGAAAAGAAACGCUCCCCCCUGUGGAAGGAUCCCUUAGAUAUUGAGCUGGGUGAUGAUUCAGAAGAUGAUCUAAGAGAAAGCUGCGCUAUCAACCUGAGCAGCAGCGAUGAGGAUGAGCAGCUCCCUUCCCUCAGGGAGAUCAUGGAUUGGAGAGCCUGCGAGCCCGUUACCCCCGAGAGAGACGCUUUCUCAGAGCCCAACACACCAGUGCCAAAAGCAAAGGCAGCACCCGUGGCACUGAAAGCAAAGACCAAUGCAGUUAGUUACAGAAAUACACUGGAACAGAUGCUGCAGGAGAAGGAACAAUAUCAAAGGUCAAAAGAGCUAGAGAGACAAUUGCUAGAGUCAUGUCAGGAGGACCUGCUGAAUUUAAAUGAGGAUGAGAACAGUGAUGCUAAAGAGGAAGAUAUUUCACUUGAACAAAGGGAAUUUUUGCAAAAGUUCUCGGUCGCCUCAUGUGCCAUUAGGGAGAUCCACCCGGGAGAGGAAAUCUUUACACCGGCUAAGUUUGGUCGACUCUUUAACCACCUGACGCUGGACCUGAGGAAGAUUAGCGUGACUCCACAAAACCGAUCACAACACAUUUUCCUUCAGGCCCGUACUGAACAAGUGCUGUUUCUGAUCAGCGCAGGCUUGUUGAGGACAGCCUAUAUUUCUUUUCCUUGUCAGCCUGAGGUGACACUCUGGCUUUUUCAGAUGAUGUCAGUUCACCCAAACCCCAUCACUUCCUCACGGAUCCUGGACUCGCUGCGAAGCAUCGCUCUGUCUGCUGCUGAGCACAUAGUGGAAAAUCCAAACACUCAAAACCAAAGCCAGAGAUUUAAAGUGUGGGUGCCCACUUUACAGGAUAUCGCGCUAGUGUUCCUUAACAUGGGAGCGUCAUUCAUCAGCCUUUUCCCUCUUGAAGCCCUGCAACCCCCUUUUACCGAGGGAGACCUUUUAGAGUGCUUUCAGCCCGAAGAAACCAGUCACGGAACACGGAUCUCUGACCAAGCUAAUGACACGUUACCAGCACACAAUUUUGAGAAUGUUCUCAGGUACCUGUCUCUGUUUACUGCGUUGUGUCCGAGAGCGUACACAGAUGAAGAGCUGCUGUUGCUUUUAACAGUGGUGUGUCGAAUUGGACUGGAGACUCAUUUACAACUGCUUCCGAUUGGACACUUCACUCUCCUACUACAAAAUCUGCUCAAAAACAUCAAACACUGGGACUUCCAGUUAUCUAAAGCUUGCGAGACGUUGAGUGAUUUGUCAGAGGAUCAUCACAACCUCAGGCGACUCGUUUAUCUUCUGCCAGAUGGCAGUCGUGGAAAGCAAUUAAAACAACACCUGAGCGUGUCUAUCAUCUCUAAGCUUUUAAAUCACACCUGCACUUACAAACCCUCAAACACAGAGUUUAAGCUGUCUGCGCUGAAACCUUUUCUACCUCAUAUGCGCCCCUCAUCCUUGGUGAAAGCCCUCAGGUCUUCAAAGAGCACUGAGGAUUGUCAUGCCACUCUAGACCAACAAGCAUAUUACCUCUGCUACAGCCUUUUGACGUUGACAAAUGAAGCUUCCAAUUUUGAAUUUUUACCCUCAAUCCAGAGAAACGAAUUACGGAGUCUUUCUUCUCAGCUGGAGAAACACAUCAAGUGUGACAUAAGGGAGAGCGAGAAGAUGCUGUACAGGAGCAAAGUGAAGGACUUUGUGGCAAGGAUUUACACCAGGUGGCAGGUGCUUCUUGUACGAACAAGGCCUCAAGAGGGAAAACUAUAUGACUACUGGAAGCCCCUACCGGAGGAUGAGAUACCUAACAGUCCUCAGGGUAAGCCAUGCCUUAGAGCACAAGACACUUCAGACAAUGCCGUAGAAACUCAGACUAGAGAUGUGAACAGUGCAGAGCCAGAGGAAGAUGCUGAGAGCAAAGAAGAGGAGGAGAAGCAGAGGGCUGAAGAACAUGAAGAUCCUCAGGGGAGUGAGGACGUAGCACAGGGGCACGAUGAGAGGACAGAUAACCACAGAGAGAUAAAAGAGCGAAGUCAUGAGGCAACACAACAGCUGAUGGAGCAAAAUGAUGAUGAUGAAAAGCUGAAAGAAAUGCCUGAUGAAAAGCUGGUUGGAAGUUUUGAAGAGUUGAUGGAGAGUGAUGAAGAUCUCAUGAGGAGAAUGGUGGAGCUUCUUAAUGAAGAUGAAGGGCCGUGUAAAGACAGACGAUACGAAAACAAGGAAAACAACAAGGAGUUAGAAGAACUUGAGAACUUGUUAGAGAAAGAUGAAGAGCUGUUAGAUGAAAGCAAUGAAGGAAGGGAUUUGGGAGGGGAUGUGAUCGGACUCGGAGGAGUUUGAGGAAGAAUAGCUUCUCAUGUCAUUUUGAGAGAAUUUGACAUUGCACCUUUUGUUGGCAUUAAUGCACAUUAUGCAAAAAAAUGUAUGUGGGUCUUUUGUGCACUUAUAAAUUGUUUAAUUGUUUCAUACGUGAUGCAUGUUUACGUACUGUUUGUAAUGACCUAAUAUAUGUUCUGUAUUUACUAGUUGUGUCUUUGUUUUUAAGAUGUCAAAAUUAGUCUUAUUGAAUGGCUGUCUACUCUUUCGCAGCAGACACAUUUUUAUGUAAAUAUAUGGCAAUGUCUGCUUUGUUUAAGACUCUCUUCAGUCUCUCAUCUCUUUGUUUAAAACACAUGUACAGUAUAUGGAUGCUGUUAGCUCUCAGGAUCAUGAUGUGUGCUUGUUAUGCUGCUGUCUUGUCUUAUCUGUUCAUUUUUAUUGCUUUAUUUUACAAACAAACAAACAAAAAACAGAUCUUUAUUCAGAAACACAAUGUGUGAUUUGGUUUAGUCUUUUAAUUCUACUUUUUUAUACAAAAGCAAGGUCUUAAACCAUUACUAAUGUUGCUACAAACUUUUAUGCGUUAAGACCGUCUCAGAAACCUCAAUAAUUUAGUGGGUGCAGGUUAAAUUAUAAAUAAUUUCAGAGUGGUUUGCUAUAAGGAUAAAUUAUUUAAAAUUUAAGUUUUGUAUAUUGAGGUAUUAAAUAUACCUUGGCUAUUUUUAUGAAAAUAAAUACUUUUGCAGAAAAAGUUCUCUUGUGUGUGUUUCUGCUCAC